AUGUCGUGGGAAGGAUUCAAGAAGGCUGUCAAUCGGGCCAGUGCAGGUGUGACUGUGAAGAGUGUUGAUAAAACCAUAGACAAGGAUUUUGAUGUCCAGGAAAGAAGAUAUCAAACUCUCAAGGCAGCUGGAACAAACCUUCAAAAAGCAUCCAAAGGAUACUUGGAUUCAUUGAGAGCUGUCACAGCGUCGCAGGUUACGAUUGCAGAGAUUGUUUCUAAUCUUUACGAGGAAGCUCGGCAAGGUACUGUGUACUCUGAUGUGGGUAGUUAUUACUUGCAAUGUGUGAGGGAUUUCGACGAGGAAACGGUAAAGCAAAUCGAUGGACCAUUUAGAGAGACGAUUUUGGACCCAAUUACCAAGUUUUCCAACUAUUUUAAAGAAAUUGAUGAGGGUAUCAAGAAACGUGCUCAUAAAAAGGUGGAUUACGAUAUGUGUAAGGCAAAGGUACGGAAGGUGAUUGACAAGCCUUCCAAGGAUGCUGCCAAGCUUCCACGGACAGAAAAGGAGUUGCAAGUUGCAAAGGAGAUUUUUGAUGAGCUCAACGAACAAUUGAAGCAAGAAUUGCCUCAGUUAAUUGCAUUGAGGGUUCCAUUUUACGACCCUUCGUUCGAGAGUUUGGUGAAAAUUCAAUUGCGCUUCUGUACUGAGGGCUACUCUCGGCUUGCCCAGAUCCAGCAGUACUUGGAUCCUGCCUCGAGAGAUGAAUAUGCCAAUGGAUUGUUGGACGGUAAGGUCGAUGAUUUGUUGCAACAAAUGAACGGGUUGAAUAUAUGUGCCUUGGGCCAUAAAUAA